UAGAAUUUCAGCACAUGAAAUGAGCGAUCAUUCAUCAUCUGAAGAAAGUGAACCUGGUGUUGAUCAAAAGGAUGGGCAUAUAAAUGGUUCUAAUUUUUUUAGGACCACAGAAAACCAUGUUGAUGUCCAAGCCUUGAAUGAAAAUGAUUAUAACUCAUCAGACAUGGAACCAGAUGACCCUUAUGAUAGAAAUCUGGAAAAAUCGCCCAAUGAUAUUUCUGAAAGUUCUGUUCAUUCCAGCCCUAAAAAACCCGAUUUUCACGACAGUGCCAGUAGCCAAGGUGAUGGCGAUGAAGAUUCCUCUAUAAAAAUAGAUCGUCCUGCUACCAAAGAUUUUAAGGAACUUGUUGAUUCUAAUCUUUUCGAUAAUGAUGAAGAUAGCAGUGAUAAUGAUAAAAAAAUUACGGGUGAUAAAAUAAAAAUGUCCGACAUAUUUGGGUCAGACAAUGAAGAAGAUGUUGAGGAUGGCAAUGCUGAGAAGAUGCAAGUAGACCAACAAAUUGAUUCGACCGAAGAAACAGGAGGUGAAGGAGACCAAGAAGAGGAUGAAACAUUCAGUUCUAACAUGCCAAUAAAAACUUUCGAUGACUCUGACGUCAUUACCGAUAGUACCAACCUGAUGGGAGAGGAAAGAAUUGAUGAUAUUAUAAUAGAGGCCGAAAUGCCUAGGGUGAGACCGGAAAUAUUUUUUGGCGCAACAGCAACAGUUACAAAUAAUAAGGCUAAUUCUAGUGGUGGUAUUGCUAGCAACAAUAAUGAAAUGUAUUUUGUCAAACUGCCAAACUUUUUGAGCGUUGAACCAAAACCAUUUAACGCCCCAACUUUCGAAGAUGAAGUAUCCGGAUUCCUGGCGGCGCCAGAGGAUGAGGACAACAAAACGCGGCUCAAGCUCCGCGUGGAAAACACUGUUAGAUGGAGGUACGCCAAUCAAAAUGAGAAUGACGUCAAUGAUUUUCGGACUAACUCGGAUAAAGAAUCGAACGCCAAGAUCAUCAAGUGGUCUGAUGGGAGUAUGUCACUUCAAUUGGGUUCCGAAUUUUUCGAUAUUUAUAAAACUCAAAUCACGAAUGAUUUCAAUCACCUCUUCGUCAGACAAGGCACUGGCCUUCAAGGCCAAGCUAUUUUCAAAGAAAAAUUAUCCUUUAGACCCCAUUCGACCAACAGUAUAACUCACAGGAAAAUGACCCUAUCUCUGGCGGAUAGAUGCUCCAAGACUCGUAAAUCCAUAAAAGUUUUGGCCGGAACAGACAAGACUAUCAAAGGAGAUCCAGAACUUAUCAAAGCCGAAUUGUACAAAAGAGAAGAAGAAAAACUAAGAGCAUCGUUCAAAAUGGCUUACCAGUCCAAAAAAGUUUCGUGUCAUAAUAAAAUCGGAAUGAAAAAACAUCAUAAAGGAGCAGACGAUCUUUCAAACGAGACAGACGAUUAUUUUGAAACGGGAGGAGCAGACGAUGUCUCCAUAACCGCUAUCAAGAAAAGUGUCAUGAAUAAUUUUCACAGCAGCGGUUUUAAUAAUUCUCGAGGAUACAAUAGCUAUGAAACUCCCAAUUCUAGCGUUAAAGAAUCCAGACCUAAGAUAUAUUCUUCUGACAGUGACGAUGAUUACGGAAAUUCUGUUGAGAAAAAGGUAUCACAAAAGAAAUCGGCAAAAAUAAUCAAUGAAAGUGACGAAGAUUGAAAAUGUGGGAAUUAUUUUCGCAAAGUAUUUUAAGAAAUCCUUUUUUUUAUAAACACUAUUAUCAACUUAUAUAUAUAUAUUUAAGAUAUGAUGUAUUUUAUAAUUGUAAAUAAAGUUAUAAUCAGGCA